AUGAGAAUCAGGGUGACCGAUCAAGAGGCCGUCGGCGAUGGGAAAGGCAAACGAUUCAGACUGCCGUCGCUUGGAGAGCCUGCAAACGAAUGGACCAUAAUAAAGGACAGAUCAGACCGGAGGUCUCCAAGAAAGAGAGGCUUUGCAAAAAAAGAACAGGGCCAAUCCAGGCUGGAUCGAUCCUUUGUCGUCUUCCCAUCCAGAGACAAAGAUCUCAGGGCGGCCUCCAGUCCCGGCUGUUCUCCUUGGAAGCAACUGGCCUCGACACGGGGCAGAGAAGAGAAUAAGAAACACGGCCAAGAACAUCAGACACAAGCCCAGCAGCUCGUUUCCGUAUUCGUCUCACCAUUUUUUGAAUCAAGAAGACACAACACACUUCAUGAAUCAGACGGGCUGAACACCAAAACACCAUCACUAUGGACACAAGAUGGCGGGAAAAAAAUUACCACACAACAGUCUCUCCAUUUAGGCGGCUGGGUUGCGGUUAUUGUUAUGUAUCUACCGGUCACCAAGCUAGUUUGUCUUCAGCGAAACCCACGGUCGUUUGGGAGUCACACAAUUGUAUUUGAUCCAUCAUCAUCAUCAUCGAAGCCGGCUCUUCCCUUCCCACUGGACCUUUCCCGGUCCCAUGUUUCAUCCAACUACGCCGCUGCCUUGACCCGGCCGCCAGCUCUGGCGAGGAGGCACAUCUCCCCGAGUCAAUCCUCAAAGUCAUGA